GGGACACCUCAACAUUCGUCUCCAUUCUGCUCGAGAGGGGAGCCAACGUCAACGCUGAGGACAGUAACCGUACCACGCCCCUGCACACCGCAGCUUUCCACGGCCACCUGCGCAUCGCAGAGCUUCUUAUCGACGCUGGCGCCAACCUCAACGCUUCGGAUCAGCGAGGCAACACCCCGUUACACUCUGCUAUAGAAGGAUGUCAUCCAGGCUUUGAUCAACUCAUGCUGGACCGGGGCUGCGACACAUCCAUACCUAACAAGGAGGGCCAGAUCUUCACCCACCUGGUCAAUGAGUUCCUGGUGACGGCAGUACAUGCCGUCAACGUGGGUCACGUGGCCAGCCUCCUGAAGGGACACGCUUGACCCUGACUCCCGCGACUCCUUCGGCUUCCCCGUCCUCUGCCACGCCGCCUUCAAGGGCGACGUGCUGAUCGCCGACGCGCUGCUGGAGGCUGGUGCGAACCCCAACCUGGCAGACGCAGGGGGUAAAACCCCCCUGCACCACGCCGCUUACUGGGGACACCUCUUUGUGCUCAAGGCCUUACUGGAUAAGGGCGCCUCCGUUAAUGUCCAGGUCAG